GGUAGGACGGAUGGAAUAGACCGGUCAAGGUGCGAUGCUGAAUAAAAGAGGUAUGCUUGUUUUUUCUUUCUUAUCAGGGAGCUUGAAGAAAAAAAUUUGUCAAGAUGUCACAGGGCGGCGGCGCAUCGGGUGGUCUCAAGAAGGGUCUGACGCUCGAUGACCUCAUUGCGGCCAUUGACCGACAUGAAAGGAACCCGAGCAAUAUCCCUAAAGUGGAGCAACGUCAAGUACGCCGGCAAAGGCAGAAGAGAAAGAAAAGAGAUGCAACCACUUCUGGGACCCCGGGAGUAACAAGGAUUGUUACAGACGUAUUGGCACAGCUGGGGUAUGCGACAGAGCCGGUGGUGCAAAGGAGGGUAGUAACGGCUAUCCAAGUGAAAGGAAAGGAGCCGGUGAUAGAGGAGGUUGUUCAGGAGGAGCUCUGGGAAGAGGAAGAGCCGAUGCCGCUGCACCUGAUGAAGGUCCAACUCAAAGAGCGUAACUUGGCGCAGGGCGGACAGGGAUCAGGAAAAGCGGAGGCGCCUCAGGCCUUGACAGCGACCCCUUUAAAUAUGGCGGCUCCAUCAUCUAGUACAGGCCCCUCGCAAGGAGGGGCGCCCUCCUACGGACAGUGGCCCUGGCCGGUGAUUAAUGCAAUCGUACCAUGGGGUAGCCCGCCGCCAGUAGCCGGACCACAAACGAGUAUGCCGCCACCCAUCUACCCCGCAGCCCAGGCCCAGCCUGUGGCCCCGCCACCGUCACCCGCUCCUAGUUCACAGGGAAGCGUGGCUGGAGGUGGGAACCAGGGGCAGGGCAAUCAAGGCAACGGAGGGAGGGGUGAAGGAAGAGGGCAAGGCAGGAAUGGCGGCGGAAGAGGAAGGCAAUGGAAUAGUCAAGGGCAGGGGUACCAAGGCCAAGGGAAUCAAGGCCAGGGGUACCAAGGCCAAGGGUACCAAGGCGUGGGGUAUCAAGGCCAGGGGGAUCAGGGAAUUCAGGGGUAUGAAAGACCCCGUUUUGACUGGAGAACGACCAUCUGCCAACAUUGUCACCAACAAGGUCACACCAUAAGGUUCUGUAAUAUAAGACGGGAAGACGAGAGGAGCGGGCUGAUUUCAUCCACUAUGGAUGGGAACAUCUACGAUCAGUUUGGGGAGACCAUUGAUAGAAGGCUUGGAGGAGUGAGGGCGGAAGCCCAACGAAGGGCGGCAGAUGGGCCGCCACCCCCUGCCAUAUUUAGGUUAUGGCAGGAAAAGGAAGAAUCACCGAUUGGGAUAGAGGAAGUGGGAAGCGAUGAGGAAGUGACUCAAGGGCCAGGAGGAGGAAGUAAGGGGGAGGAACCCAUAAUCAUUGAGUCAGAUGACGAGAAUGAGGAAGAAAGGAUGGAACCUUCGUCUGUCUUGUUGGGGAAAAUGGAGCACCUGCUGGAUAAGAUAGGGAGCGCCUGGGCGACUCAGAGUAAAUGUGGUGGGAUCGUGCCCACAAUCAGGAAUGAUGGGGAGACCCCUCACUCCGCAGGCCCGGCUGGCACAAGCUGCACGAACGAGAAAUCAAGCCAAAGCCAGCGCCAGCCAAGAACCUCCAAGGAGGGAGCUGGAGACAGGAAAAAAAAAGAGGCCGUGGAAGUGGAGGAUGACAACAAUGAGGAGGAAGAAGACGAGAGGCUGCGCAGGGAGGAGGAUCAAAGAGCGGAGCAACGGGCACGGAAAAAGGGAGCCAGGGGAGAGGUCGAGCCGGUCGUGCGCGACGGACCACCCAAAAGAAAGAAGUAUGCGGUUUGGUUGGAGGAGGGGUUUGACGUGGAAAAAGUGAUCGACCGACUGCUAGAAGGGCAUAAUGAUCUCAUGACCCUGAAGGAGAUCCUGGCGUCAGCCCCGCGGCUCCGCGAUGAAUUGAAAGGGAGGUUGUCACGGCGCCUGGUGCCCAAUGUCCAUCCGGGCACGAUCCUGCCCAAGGAGGCAGAGUGGGCAGAGUCAGGCACGAAGAUGGAUUGGAAGUGCGUGGUCUGCGACACAGUGGAUUUGGUGGUAAAGGGCUCCAAGUGUGCGGCAAUGGUGGACACCGGGGCCGAAAUGAACAUUAUUCGGGAAGAGGACCCAAUCAAAUUCGGGCUGGAUAUAGACCGUUCUGACUGCGAUAUUCUGCACGGAGCCAGCUGCAAGGCCAUAUUCUGUAGGACAACCUCGAAUGUACUCAUCGAGGUUGGAAAGGUGAAGGCCAGGGCAUGCUUCUUUAUAAUGCCUGACGUGGAUCAUGGAAUCCUCCUGGGGAGAUCGUUCCUAAGUAGGACAGAGACCGUGAUGUUUAACAAGCAUGACGGGACUCUAAUCCUUCUCCUAUGCGGCCCUGCCUGCGGGAAUUACGAGAUAGUUACCUGCAGGAAUACAGGGCCAAGGAGUAUAAGGAACCGGCCCAGCCCAGGAUCCUUCACGAUCGAAGAAUCGGAGGGCGAGCGCCGAAGGCUUCGGGCGGAGCCAGAAGGAGAAGAGGAGGUGAAAGCGUUUUCCCUCAGCCUGUCAGAUGUUGGAAAGGUCAUGGACUUGGUGGCCGCGCAUGAAAUGGUUGGAGCUGGUAUAUCGGCUUCCGAGCGGCGGGAGGAGCCCCGCAUCAGCGCAGGCGCAAUCUGUGACUCGGCCUUUUCUAGGGGGCGGCUCAAGCAGGGUUUCGAAAGGCGGUACAAGACGGUAGAUAAGAAGUAUCAUCCGGUUUCCGUCCUCGUUACAGAAGAUGAGGAGGCAUACUAUGAGAGGGAACAAGGGCUGAUACGACGAAUGAGGGAGAGUGCUCUAGCAGGGCCAUGUCGUAUCAACGAAGGGAACGAGGGGAAGUUGAUUAUAGGGGAACCCGACUUCCUACUGCCUCAUGAGCGAGCGUUGAUGGUGGAGUUGAUGAAAAGGAAGCAUCGCGCCUAUGCGUUUAAUGACGAGGAGCGUGGCAGGCUGGAUGUAGACAAGAUACCUAUGAUCUGCAUCCACAUCGUGCCACACGAGCCUUGGAACAUGAGAGGGGCGCGAUAUCCCAAUCCUGACGAGGAAAAGAAGGUGGUGGAUUACCUCGACGACAAAAUACGUAUGCACGUCGCCGACUAUUCGAGUGGACCGUAUGCGUCCCCGUGGUUCUGCUUUAUCAAGCCUAACGGGACGUUGCCGUGGGUGCAAGAUUUGCAAAGACUGAAUGCGGUGACCGUGCAGGAUGCUGGAGGAUUGCCCAAUGCACACGUGCCGUCAGAAUCCUGUGCUGGAAGGCCUAUAAUCUCACUUAUAGACCUUUACUCAGUAUAUGAUCACUUCCCAGUCUACCCGUCGGACAUGCCUGUGACGGCUAUGCACACGCCGCGAGGGCUAAUCCACAUGAACGUGGCCCCACAAGGGUGGACCAAUGCGGUAGCAAUGGUCCAACGGGCCAUGAUUCGGGCUAUGCAGUCAGUCAGCCCCCAUAUCACACAGCCAUACAUCGAUGACUUGGCGGUGAAGGGGCCGGCAGUGAAGGAAAGCGACGAAGUCUCACCAGGGGUGAGCCGCUUUGUCUGGAAGCAUAUCCAGGACCUCGAAAAAGUCCUGAGCCUGCUCGAGGAGCAUAACCUCACGGCAAGCGAGGCCAAAUCCAGACAUUGUAUGAGGGAAGCGACUAUUUUGGGGUUCGACUGCAGCAAGAAGGGCCGAAGACCGGAUGUGAAGAAGACGGACAAGAUUACUGAGUGGCCUGUUUCGUUCCACUCAAUAACUGAUGUCAGGAGCUUCCUUGAUGCGGGGCCGACUGCCUUAGGGGGAGUUCUAAUUCAGGUGGACAUGGAGGGAAAUGAAAGACCCUUGCGAUUUGAGAGUCGAACCCUUUGUACGACCGAGAGGAACUACUCUCAGUUCAAGAGGGAGACCCUUGUUGUCCUCCACUGUCUGCGAAUCUUCCGGAACUACAUCUUCGGCAGGAGGUUUAUUUUGAGAGUGGAUCCGACCGCGCUGGCCUACUCUUCAAGGAAUUACGUUCCAUCGGAUCCGACGGUUGCCAGAUGGCUGACGUACAUCUGGAUGUUCAAUUUCGAAUUGGAACGGAUUCCUGGUAGUAAAAACCGGACGGACGGGCUGAGUCGGAUCAACUGGGAUAAACAGGAAGGGGAGGCGGUGGAAAAUACGCCCCCAGUUGAUGGAUUUCUGGAUCAGGAAGAAGAUGUUCGUCUCCACAUCAACAAGUGGUCGCCGCGAGUGUCCAGCUGUGUAGGCUAUCCUAUCUGGCAAGCGCUGAAUGGGUAUGAAAGCACGGCCGAGCUAGUCCUCAAACCCUUUGAAGAAGAGGAUCCUUGGGGUGGUAAAGAUGUUCAGUGGAUGAUGAAGUUAGCGCUGGCCAGCUCACAUAGUCUGGUGGAGGAUAUGAGGACGAUUGAGGAAGGGUCUGGCCAGGUAGAACGGCAUGAGGACCUGAUUGGAGGAAUGUAUCUCCUCGUCAACACGUUAUUGCAAGAAAGCCUCGCCGAGUCAGGCUCGUUGAACCCGGCAGGGAAUGUGGACGAAGUGCCUGAGAGCCAGGACGACGAGUUCGAGGAAGGGGAGAUUAAGGAGGCCUUUCGUGCAGAGGAGUAUGAUAGGAUCUACCUAGAGUUGGGACUUCUUUUGUCCUGCAAAAUGCUGCUAAGGGAUGCAAGCGAUAGGGCUCAGAGGAUGCUGCAGCGUUAUUUAGUGCGAGACGGCCACCUUUUCGUGAGAAGAGAAGUGGGGAAUCCCAAGAGAGUUGUUUGCGGGAGGAAUCGUCAGAUCGACGUCGUAGCAGCGCUUCUCGAUGGUAUUGCAGGAGGGCAUCGAGGGGUACAAGCCACACACCUAGCAGCUUAUGCCCUGGAGCACCCAGACUUGGAAGAGUCGGCACCUGCAGAGCCGCGCCAGGAGCCAUGCCAGCCCGAGAAGGAGAUGGAGGCAGAGAUCCCGAAGAGGGUCGACCUCCCCGCGAGGGAAAGGGCGCCAGCUGGAGAGACAGCAGAGGAAAAGAGGGUGAGAAGAACCAGGAGGAUAGGCGAGAUAUGGCAGGAGAGGCAGAGGUUGGAGGCAGCGGGGGAGCUUCCAGAGCAGCAGCAGGAGAGGCAGAGAUCGGAGGCAGCAGGGACGCUCCCAGGGAAGAAGAUAAAGGAAACAAGCCAUGGAGUACGCCUGGAGGCUAUGGAGAUGGAAAUCCAGGAACUCAGGGCAUUGGUGGCCAGUCAGGCAGCUAUCAUUGAGAGCCUGAGGCAACAAACCCAGGGAAAGGUGAACAAGCCAGAGAGCAGCAGACAGGGAGAGCAGAGGCAGCCAGGACAUGGGUUACCGGGACAGCCAUCUACAGCAGAGCCUCGCCAGGAGCCACCUAUGGGGAGAGUUAUCCUGGAGCCAGAGGAGCCAAGAGCCAAGAGACAGGUGGAGAGAGAAGCGUUCGAGUUCAGAGCCCCUACCGAGCUCGCGACGCUGCCCGUAGCAGCGGCGGACCCAGUCGUACCUUUGGCAGUUGAAGAGGGGCUACCACCAUCUAGCAGUGAGCCGGCUCAGGGCUCAGCAGAGGGAUCCAUGGGCGUGCUCCUUGAGGCAGUGCAUACCAUGCAGGAGGAGGUGAGUUUGUUUUCACCCGAGCAGAGGAUAGAGGAGCCUCUUAAGAGAGAGACGGGGGUUGAGGCGGAGGGUGUCAUCGAGGGUGGGCUCCAGAGGUUGGGUACGCCUGAGUAUGGACCAGAGGAGAUUGAGGAGCACUCCAUGGCAGUGCCAGGAGAGACACUCGAGAGGAGACCUCAGAGGUUGGACACGCCUAAGUGCGUCCCAGUGACAGGGGAUUUGAGGAGCAGACUGGGAUCUUGGGCUACUGGAUCUGGGUCUGGGGGACCGGUUCCUGGGAUAGAGCAGUAGGAGGUGGUUAGUACCGCAGCUCCUCGAUCAGAGCAGCAGGGGGUUGUCAGUACCUUGACAGAAUCUCCUUCAUCGC